AUUUUUUUCUUUUUUUAAGGAGCGAUAAGGAAACAAUCUUUUAAAAGAAGAAUAGAGAAGUGAUGAACCAGAAGUGUUAUGAAAGAGAGCAACUAAAGAUAAUAAUAAUAAGAGAAAAAAUAAAAAAAAAUAAAAAAGCAAGAAAGAAAGAAAAGAGGAAGAAGAGUGGAAGUUGCAAAUCUUGCAAUCUCCCAAAUAGUGACUAGUGAGGAUAGGACAUUGGAGGCGGAAAAGACAAUGCAAAAGCAGGGGAGGGAAGGUAGGCAAUUCAUGUAAAAACACUAGUUAAAAAUUUACUUCAGUACUUGCACUUUGGGAGUAGUAAAAGUAGUGUUUACUUUAUUUUUAUUGUCGAAAAAGGUGAAGAGAGGAUUAGCCGGAAGAAUGAGAGAUACUCCGUAGUAGCAGACUGCAGGACUAGCAGCAGAAGCAGCAAUUGCAAUUGAAUUGAAUUGGUAAGGAAGCUUUAAUUUGUCACGGCAGGAGAGUGGACAGUGAGCAUCUGCUGCACGGCCACUCCACUUCCAGGCCGGGGUUGGUUAUUUACUUGAGCGGUGCAGGAGUCGAGUCGAAUCGAGCUGAGCUGAAACUGGGUUCGAAAGAUGGGCAAUUGCGGCACUAGAGAAGAAUCUGCCGUGGUGGCUCAUGCUCAAGCGGCAGUAGCAGCAGGAUCCAAGAAGCAGCAUAGGUCUGUGUCAGAUCUGAGUGAUCCUUCAUCUACCCCUCGAUUAUUGGGCAUUGAAGAAGACUCUAGAAAGAAUGUCGGACUUUACACAGAUGUUAUCGCUUUUACACUCUAUGAGUUGGAGACCAUUACUAAGAGCUUCCGUUCAGACUACAUCUUGGGAGAAGGCGGCUUCGGAACUGUUUACAAGGGUUACAUUGAUGAGAAUGUCCGUGUUGGCCUUAAAUCUCUCCCUGUUGCCGUCAAAGUUCUCAACAAAGAAGGUCUUCAGGGCCACCGGGAAUGGCUAACUGAAGUCAAUUUUCUUGGCCAGCUCCGUCAUCCUAAUCUUGUUAAGUUGAUUGGUUAUUGCUGCGAGGAUGACCAUCGCUUACUCGUCUACGAAUUCAUGUUUCGAGGAAGCCUUGAAAAUCACUUGUUUCGAAAGGCAGUUGCUCCCUUAUCGUGGUCUACAAGGAUGAUGAUUGCCCUUGGAGCAGCUAAAGGACUUGCCUUCCUUCACAAUGCUGAAAGGCCUGUUAUUUACCGUGAUUUCAAGACAUCUAAUAUACUUCUAGACUCUGAUUACACGGCAAAGCUUUCUGACUUUGGGCUUGCAAAAGCUGGACCACAAGGUGAUGAGACCCAUGUAUCUACUCGUGUGAUGGGAACCUAUGGAUAUGCUGCCCCUGAAUAUGUGAUGACUGGUCAUCUCACAGCUAGAAGUGAUGUUUACAGCUUUGGAGUUGUACUCUUGGAGCUAUUGACAGGGAGAAGGUCGGUUGACAAGACCAGACCAAGUAAAGAGCAGAACUUGGUGGAUUGGGCACGACCAAAGCUCAAUGACAAGCGAAAGCUUCUGCAAAUAAUUGACCCGAGAUUGGAAAAUCAGUACUCUAUAAGAGCGGCACAGAAAGCCUGCAGUUUGGCAUACUAUUGUCUGAGCCAAAACCCAAAGGCAAGACCCUUAAUGAGUGAUGUGGUUGAAACUCUGGAACCUUUGCAAUGUAGUGGUGAUGCUGUGGGUGAAAUAUCAUCUGCAUCCUCAUCAUUACCGGUUUCAGCCUUCAGAAGUAAGCGUGCUGGUCAGUUUCCUGUGAGGGGAGUGCCAGAGUUCCCAAUACGGCAAAGAUUUCCCAGCAAUGUUAGUGCUGCAGCUAGUUGUCGUUCCCCCAACCCUAACUGUUCUCCCAGUGGUCUUGCACCUUGCCGAGUGAGAUGACUAGUAUCUCUUUGUAUACUGCUUCUAGUUCCUACCUUACAUGCAACAUCUAAUGGCAAGUUAAUCAUGACUGGAAAUGCCUCUUAAUGUGAUGUAAAUGGUUUUGUUUUUCUACCUAUCUAUUGUGCAAAUGGCCAUCUUUUCUUAGAUUUUAUUUUACUUUUUAAUUUUUAUUUUAUUUUUUCUGUUGGCUUUCUCAUUUGCCAUCCGUGGUAAGUCUUUA